AUGUCCUCAGCCCUCUCAGACAGGACGGUCACGCCCACAGCUAUCUUUACGGAUCCCAUUCUCGGCACGCCCCUCCAAGUGUACAUACACAAGGAUGUCCCCCAACGCCCGCAGCUGGCUCAUCUCCUCACGGUUUACGGUGGCGCUCUCGCUACGAGCCUCUCUGAUGUAACGUUCAUAAUCGUCGAUCCAACGAAAGAGUCGGGUCAAGCCGUAUUCCGUCAACAUGGCGCAAAAAAGAACAAGAUCAUCCUCAACUCGCGUUGGAUCCACGCAUGCAUAGAUGCUCAUGCUCUGCAAACAUUCCAGACGAGCUGGGCAGGAUGCAAAGUGACGGGUGCCGAACUUGCACUUCCUCAGCCACAAGCACAACCUCAGUCGGGCGAACCGACUCCAAGAUCGCACUCGUCAUACUAUCCUCAUUUGCAACAGGCUGAAGCUGGUCCAUCCCACCAGCAAGCGUACUUCCCUGUCACCAGAAGUCACCCUACGCAUGCCGCUCAACUGCAGUCUUCGACGUCUCAGCAUGCGCACGUCGCUCAGCCGUCGCCGAAUCUGCCACCUCAGCUAUCUCCGCACGUUCUUGUCCAACCGUUAUCGAGCAGUACAGGCCAUUCGUAUACAACUACAGGACAGCCUUACACCCACAUUACCCAGCAUCCGACUUCGUUGAAUACAGACCAGCGCUUACAUCACGCUUCCGGUCUUACAGCUGCCAACCACCCAUCACACUUCCCCGCUUCCGACCUCAAUCCGCAGUCACAGCAUCCUCACCCUCAGGCGCACUCUCAAACCUACACUUCGUUGUAUCCCGCCCAAAACCCAUCGCCACAACAUCCAUACGCGCAAUGGCAGCCGCACGUCCAACAGCAAACACAACAACAGUUACAACAGCAGCAUCACUUCGCACACCCCCAGCCGCGCAAUCAAGCUUCGCUGCCGCCCUCCGCGGCCGGCGCCUCCAAUUUGCCUCAACCUCCUCAGGUCCAAGAUGACCAAAUGCGAAUACGGCCGCCGGAGCUCCAGGACCUCAGCCAGCCGCCCAACCUCCCUCCGGACCCCACCUUCCAGAACGUCAACCCCUCUGCGCCCUCUGGUACUCAUGGAUACGGUCAAGGCGACCAUAAUCAGACGCAGGCUCAGUCGGCGCCGGGGCCGGGGCCGAACGAUUGGCAACCUCAGGUCCAAGAAUACGAGUGGGCGCAACAGGAGCCUCAGCAGCAACAACACAACUACGAGUUUUACUCGGGGUCAUCGGGCCCUCAGACGUUCGAGUACACUGCGGGACCGUAUAAUGAGGCACCUGGGCCAUCAACCUUAGCGGACUCCGCGCCCUCUGCGACUGAGCUGUCGCCACCCGUCUCUGCUACGCCUUCAACGCCCGGCGACGCCGAUUCCGAACCAUCGCGCGGCCGGAAACGCAAGAGGUCCGCCGGUACCCCUUCCGCCCAGCCUUCACCGGUUGCCUUCGUACCAUCUCCGCUCAUCCGCAUCCCGUCGCGCUCUCCGACACCGCCAACAUCAGUCAUCCCAUCCCCUUACGGCGGACACGUCUUCACGCCCGAUGACCACCGCUACUUGACGCGAUACAUCGAGUACUGCUCCGCGACCUCCCAGAUCCUCUCUCUGAAGGAGAUAUGCGAGAGGGUGGCGAAGAAGGCGGAACAUCACAGUGUGGCAAGCUGGAAGAGAUACGCAAGUAAGAAGGGGCUUGCAGUCGAGGAGUAUGUCGUGAGGGCCGAAGAAGCGAGCGAGAGGAGUGCCAUCCUCCCGCCUGCGCCACCCAUCGAGGGCAAGGAGGAGGAAGAGAGUGAUGCCGUAGGCCGCUCGCGUGUCGUGUCGCCCGUUCCAGCUAAGGCCAAGGGCAAGCGCGGCAAAGCAAUGGAGAAUGCGAAGGACGCGGAGAAGGCCGCGUCGCGCCCUGGACAAGGCAUGCCAGCGAUCGCCGCUGCACGAGCGCGAGUGGAGCGGGAAGGUCCGCGCUCGCGAAGCCCGACGCCGCCGCGAGCGCUGUUUCGAAGUACGACGGGCAAGGGCGUGGCCUUCACGGAUGGCGAUGUUGUCUUUCUCCUACGGUUCCUCGAGUACAGGAAACACAAACCCGACGCCACAUCGCACGACAAAGCUGAAUUCUGGACCGAGCUCGCUCGUCGUGCGCCUCACCACUCCAAGACCUCCUGGGCCAAAUUCUACCGCCGACAUCGCGAAGCUCUUUCUGGCAACGCACCUCCGCCGCCGCCUCCAGAGAAGCGACUACGCUACUCCUCCGCAGACGAUGUCUUAUUGGCGAAGUUCUGGGCGGACCCGGAUAAGCCUGCCGGUGCCAGCGAUGUGGUAUAUCAGGGCUUUGCGCGGUUGCAUCCACAUCAUCCGUGGAAAGGAUGGCAGGAACACGCGCGGUUGCAUAAGGCGAAGAUCGAAGAGCUUGUUGAGAGGGUCAAGAGGGGUGAAGAUAUCGAGGCUGAGCCUGAAGCUGAAGCUGAAGAGGACGGAUAG